AUGGACAGCAGCCAGGGCAACCUGCUCAACCUGCCCUGCCAUGGUCAUCAACAACAACAACAACCAGCAUAUGGAGGAUAUACUCAAGCUCCUCCUGCACAAGCAUUUGGAGCUGCACCUUACGGACAACCACAGCAACCUAAUCCAGAUGCAGAAUUAUGGUCUUGGUUUCAAGCUGUCGAUCGCGACAAAACUGGAAAAAUUACAGUAACAGAAUUACAAGCUGCUUUGACUAAUGCUAAUUGGACCAGUUUUAAUGCUGAAACAUGCCGACUGAUGAUAGCCAUGUUCGAUACGGAUCACAAUGGAACCAUUAGUUUCGAUGAAUUUCGUGGUCUUUGGCGUUAUGUACAGGAAUGGCGACAAGUCUUCAAUAAAUUUGAUACCGAUAGAACCGGGGUAAUCAACGCACAGGAACUUGGUAUCGCUGUUUCACAAAUGGGAUUUAGAUUAUCGUCACAAUUUGUUAAUUUGAUUAUCGCACGAUUCGAUCCUCAGUCUCGUCGAGGAUUGAAAAUGGAUAUGUUUAUUCAAGUUUGUGUACUUUUAAAGCAAUUAACUGAUGCUUUCCGCAAUCGAGAUACUCAACAAGCAGGAACUAUCCGUAUAGGUUAUGAAGAUUUUAUGAGUAUGGUCGUCUUGAACAAACCUUAA